UUUGAAUUAUACAGUUUGGUUCCAAUUUCAGCAGCCAGAGCAUGGCAGCUUUAUCUGUCAUCUUCUUACAAUCUCAAUGAUAUUGGUAAAUGCCUGCCAUGGAUGUUGCAGAAACAUGAUUUGAAAACGCCACUUUCAGACCCAUCUCAUUGCAGCUUACGAUUGGUGGUAAGAUUUCUUUUCUUGAAUCUUUCCGUAGAUUAUACUAUUAGGGAUUCAUUUUUCUCGAUCGAACAAACAAGCCCAACAGUCGUUUCCUCUUAAUUACAAUUAUUAAUCUAUAAGCAAAUCCUUUAAUUAGGGGAAAAAACCAGAAGAAGAAACUUUAGGGCAGUAAGGCUGAGGUAGAUGGAAGCUUUAGGGAAAAGGGUAAGUUUCCUUCUUGAAAGGUGAAUGGUUGUAAUGAAUAGAAAGAGCUUGUAAUGUAAUACACAACCAAAAAAGAAAAAGGUGAAAACGUUAAGACUCUGUCUGAAACCCUCUCUGAUGCGACAUCACUCAUUAUACUGCUGCUUAGGGUUCUUUUUUUUUCUCGUCCUUGGGGCUAUGAAAUUUGUGAACUUUUUUAAUUGUUCUUUAAAUUUUCUUUUACCCUUUUGAGAGAGAAUUCUCAUUGUAUGUAAUGAAGUUGAUGGUUUUUAUCUUAUGGGUUGGAUUGGAGGUGCCCACAAAGAUUUUACCUCCAAUUCUGGUCUGUUUCUUGUGGGCUAUAUGAAAACUACUCCCAGUUGUAUAAUCCAAGGAUAACCACUAGAAGUAGAAGAUUCAAGUUUUUAAUUUCUUUUUUCCUUUUGGGGUUGUGGGAAAUAUUUGACAUUUUCUGGAGGAAAAGUUUGUCUUCUUUGUGGUCCUGUGGAAUCAUAACUCUGAGAGCAUGACAUUCAAAAUGUAUCCAUCCCCAUUUCAUUUAUGAUCAUUCAUAUAUUCUUAUUUGCAAAGUGGUGGUCUCACUUUUAAUUCCAUUUGUAAUGUGGAGGGUGGGGGUAUAAAAAUAACAAAAUGAAAAGAGAAAUUAUUGGGGGUGGAGAGAGAAAUAAGAGAAGAGAAAAGUGAUGUGAGAGAAUGUAUUCAUGUAAUGUACAUAUCAAGACUUGAAGUUGUAUUUUCACCUUUGGUACCAGAUCCUCUGUUCCUCCACCCACCCAAUCAUAGCUCAACACCUCAUAACUUGUUGGACAAUCUUGCCCCUCUUUAUCAACUGAGUAGCUCUUUUACCCCCCAAGAUCUAUUAAACAGAUAAGAAUUUAAGGCUGCAGGUGAAUAGAGUGUCCCUAGUGGCUAUAAAAAAAGAUUGGUUUUUCUCUCCACGGCCUCCUCUCCUGCUUGUUCAUUAUCCUCAUCUCCCACGAUUUCAUUGCCAGUAGAGAGAGGAAGUAGAGUGUGACGGAGAGAUGGGAAAUUGCCAAGCCAUUGAUGCUGCAACACUUGUGAUACAACAUCCAAGUGGGAAAGUGGACAAAUUGUAUUGGCCUGUGACUGCUAGAGAGAUCAUGAAGAUGAAUCCUGGUCACUAUGUUGCUCUUCUCAUAUCCACCACCAUGUUUACACCAAAUGAAAGUAACAACAACAGCAACAACAACAACAAUGAAACCAGCAGUAAUUCAGUUCGUUUAACUCGAAUCAAGCUUCUCCGCCCAGCUGACAUGCUUGUUCUUGGCCAAGUUUACAGGCUCAUCACCUCUCAAGAGGUUAUGAGAGGUUUAUCAGCAAAGAAACACGCAAAGGUUAAUAAAAACCUGUUAGAAGCAGCAGAGAAGCCAGAGAGGAGGAAAGAACGUGCAGCCACAGGGUCAGAUUCAGCGGCCAGAAGAUCUGAACCUGAAGACCUUGUUCAGGCGACCAAACAUGAGAAAAACAAUAGACCAAGGACAAGUACAUCGACAACCUCGGCCACAGCCAGGUCAAGAACAUGGCAACCUUCAUUACAUAGCAUCUCAGAAGCUGGAAGCUAAUCAUUUAUGUUCCCUAUUUCCCACAUGGUAUCGAGAGACAGGGUGGCAAAGAUUGUACAAGGCUCUUUAAGCUUCUCCAGGGAGAGAGAAAAAAAAAAUAGCAAAAAAGGAGAGGUAGAUUUGAGAAAGUGAAUAACAAAUAAGGAGAGAGGCCAAAUGACCUUUUUGAUUCAAGCAGAGAAAUUCCAACACAUUGCUGAUAUUAGGGUUCGUGGAGUGGCUGCAAAUGAGUUAUUUGAAACUUUUUCUUCAAGUGAGAUCUUAGGGGAAAUGAGCAUAGAACUGUGGAUAGGAAAGGAAAGGAAAGGAAAGCAGGGUGGGUAUAGUAAGGAGUUGAGAUUCUUCAAACAACUUUGUAAAUUCAAAGUGCUUUUCAGUAAUGAAAGAGAGCUCAUUUUUAUUACCA